UCCAUAGCUAAGCUUGCAACAAGGCACCGGGAUCUUGCGCCACGGGCCCGAGUGUGCCUCGCAAAGGUAUCUCGGUCCCAACAGUACCUCGACAAACGAGUGUGGCGGAAAGUGAGUGAUUGUUUGGGUGUGAUGAGCGAGUCUGUGCUGAGUGUAUCAGUGCUAGGGCCACCACGGCGCUCGUCACCUUCAGGAUCGGAAGAAGUUUCCAGCGACACAUCACUGACAUCAGUGGAGGCGAGAAUUUCGGACAUGCCUUCCUAUCUCACCUCUGUUCCUUUCUUCUUGUUGUCCGAACAAGAGGGCCCUCCGUUCCACGACUUUUCCCUCUACGAUGUAUUAGGCGGUCGGUCAGCCGCAGAUGUCGACAUUGCCAGACGACAUAUCAGGACAGCAGCGGCCAGUUAACAAAUUGCUUUGAGGUCGCUACGAUAUCCGGGGAUGCCGGGGUUAAGGCAAACAUAAGAUCGAUCAUCGAUCACUCGUCACUCGUCAAUCACUCACCAUUCAUUAAUCAUCAGUCGUCAAUCAGAGUUUGACUCCUGCCCAGCCAGAUCGCAGAGCCUCUGUAGGUUAACAUGACAGAUUGAGUUAUAUGAAAUUAUGAACCUUUUUAGAAGCUGCGAAAUGAGCAGUCGUUGUGAAAUCGUGAGCUCCUUCGUUUGCGCGCUCGAGCGAAGAAUUGUGAGUAGGAGAGGACGAGGAUUGAUGCCAAAUUGCCAAUGGACCGCACGCCGUCGACACUCUCUGCCUGAGAAACGAUUUGAAGCAAACGGAGCCCGCACUCACUUCAAUACCUCAUGCAUAGGGAGGUGCAGGAUGGAUGGUUUAGAACGCGCCUGCCAUCUGUACAAUUCACAUUGACUGCUGGUGGCUGCAUGCUGCAGCUGGAGCAUGCAAUAAAAGAUCGAUUGCCAAUUUGUCACGCAGUUUGUAUGGACAGACUGAUUUGACCGCUCCAGGAGGAACAACAAAGGUUAAAAAUAAAAUAAUAGUUGCAGAGCACCGGGGAAGGCUUGACCAGCCCGAAAGGCCAGGUCUUGAACCAGAGGAACGACAAGUCGUGAGCCAUGGAGAGAUCUAGAUGGUCCUGCAUGAUGUGCCCAAGCGGGACCGGUUGUGGGACCAGUGUGCAGGAGCAGGUGCAGGAUCAGGUGGGGACCAGGUGCAGGAUGAGGUUGGGGUCAGGUGCAGGACCAGGUGUGGUGCCAUUUGCGGGAUCACAUAAGGGAGCAGGUGCGGGAUUAGGUUGGGACUACAUGUGGGACCAGGUGCAGGAACAGGUGCAAAGAGCAUGAGCAGGACCAGGUUGUAUCCGCGUGCGGGACCAGGUGCGGGAGCAGGUGUGAGGCGAGGUGCAGGACCAGGUGUGGGACCAGGAGUAGGAUCAGGUGUGUGACUAUGUCCCUGGGACCAGGUGUGGACCAGGCAUGGGAACAUGAAUCAGACUCGGCUAGGACCAGAUGAAAGACAAGGUAUGGACCACAGCAGAUCAGGAACCCACUGAAGGACCAAGGAGAAUGAACCAGACAUGUCCAGACGAAGGGCACGGCCGGCGACCAGAUGGUGGACCUGCGUAUGGACCAGGUGGACGAGGUGAAGGACCAGCAAGGAGUGGCAAGGACCAGAAGGAGAAUUGGAAGAUGGAGCAGAUGAAGGACCUAGAGAACUGAAGCAUGAACCAUUUACCAGACAAUGGACCAAAUGAAGGAUUAGGUAUAAAGUACUAAGAGGCCGCUUUAUCUUAUACAGGUGCCUUCGCACUAGAGUCAAGAAUCUAUCAUCUUGAAUCUUCUUAUGCAGAAGAAACUGAAAAAGAGAGAAAAACAAAGAGCACAGCAGAAAGACUCUAGAUACGACAAGCCAUCCUCGUGGCAAACCAGUGCUGAAUAACUCAUGGCAAACCAGUGCUGAAUGCGGACCAUUGACCUGACUACGUUUGUGGCAUGAACUAGGCAUUGGUCCAAAUGUGGAGCACCAAUCCGAGGGCUGAACGAAGCUUGAGACGAAGGAUCAACCGUCAGAGGCAGCGCCAGGCAAAGGCGCAGAAGGUUCCGAUUCUUUGGAGCGAUAAAUCCUUUCACCAAAUCACCUCUUUGGACCCAGGCCAAGCAUUCUUUCUCUCUAUACGGCUUUUUAGCACGUCGAUGACACAAGAAAUCAAUGGUGUAGUAGGGCUAUACGGUAGUCGUCACAAUACAGGAGACCAGUACCUUGCGGAAGAAACUACCGUCUUCCCCUAAACACAAGGCACCCCAAUAACGAAUGUAUACGAGCUAUGUUUCCAGUCCGGUGCAGCCAAAUUGAGGGUGCAUUGUGUGCUGGGCAGUGAAAGGUAGUCAUUCUUAGGGGAAUUGAGGAGCAAGAGUAUGGUGAGCACUGAGCAGGAAAGGAAUGAUGUUCCUGUGGAAAGAGACAAGCGAGUACGCUGAGCAGUGAAAGGGAUGGGAAUGUAGUGCACGGGGACCAUUACUGGAGCAAGUCAAAGUCAACUCAGUGCGCUAAACCUGCUCGUUGUAGCAUCCAAUAUGGUUAAGUAACUCCAGUGUCAUCAUAUUAUUCAUGAUGGUGGAGACUGUUUCGUAACUCUAGUUUCAUAUCAUCCAAGAUGGUUUAAACUUUAAACCGUUUCGUAACUCUAGUUUUGUAUCCGUCAACAUCGUUUAGACCAUUUAGUAACACUCUAGUUUCAUAUCACCCAAGAUGGUUUAGUAACUCGAGUUAAGUAUUGUCCAACAUGGUUUAGUAACUCGAAUUUCAUAUCACCCAAGAUGGUUUAGUAAAUCGAUUUUUUUUUUUUUUAACACCAGGGGUGGUGCUAGGGGUGCUGGUAAGGGCAGACACCGCUUGCACUCCCAGGGAGGCUCCAUCUAUUGGUGGGGAGCGGCACCUGCUGGAAAUCGGGUCCAGCGUCCCUGAACAUUAUAGUGGCUUUCAGAACAGUAUACUCCUGCCAGCAGCGAUUGCACGAGACACUUGUAAUGGACAGGUUGCGAUCCGCCUCUUCAGUCUGCACUAGACUGCCAGAUCACUCGUCUCUCCUUUAGCAGCUACUUCCUGUUCCUCUUCAGUCUGCACAUUCCGAGUUUAGUAUUGUCCAACACAGGUUUAGUAACUCGAGUUUCUUAUCACCCGAGAUGGUUAAGUGACUCGAAGAGUUCAGUAUUGUCCAACAUGGUUCAGUAACUCGAGUUUAGCAUUGUCCAACAUGGUUUAGUAAGUCUUAAUUUCAUAUCAUCGAGAAGUACCACCACUGGUCCCAAUGAUGAAAAAAAUGAACAAUCAGGCGCCCGGGGCCGGUCGCAGGGUAGGCCGCGGUAGGCGUGGUCACGGUCGCGAAAUGUUGAGUGCGUCCGCUGUGACGAGUUAUUUGUGCUGCAAAAUAAAUUGAAAACGUCAGUGCAAUAGCUUGCAUGCUGAUCUUGCAAGAAAUAGAAAUGAAACAAAAAUUCCUGC